CAAAUAAACUAGUAAUAUCCAAGGCCCUCCCGUAUCCAUUUCAACAGACAGCUUUCUCGGAUCACUAUAAGCUCGCUUUCCCACUCUCUGUUUUACACUGAAGAUCCGAUCGUAUUCUCCCCUCCAAACCCAUCAAAGUGCAGGUGAAAAUGGAUCCGGUUUUGCUUCACGGGACUCUCCAUGUCACGAUCCUCGAGGUUGACAAGCUCCAUGGCGAAGGAGGCGGCCCCAAUGUCUUCCGCAAGUUGAUGGCAAACAUUGAAGAAACUGUUGGUUUUGGCAAAGGAACUCCCAAAAUUUAUGCAACCAUUGAUCUGGAAAAGGCUAGAGUUGGGAGAACUAGAAUGAUUGAGAAUGAACCAAAUAACCCAAGGUGGUACGAGUCUUUUCACAUUUACUGUGCCCAUGAAGCUUCAAAUGUUAUAUUUACAGUUAAAGAUGAUAAUCCCAUUGGUGCUACUUUAAUUGGAAGAGCUUAUGUACCAGUUCAUGAACUCUUAGAAGGAGAAGAGAUAGAUAGGUGGGUGGAGAUACUGGAUGAGGAUAAAAAUCCCAUCAAGGAAGAGUCUAAAAUUCAAGUGAAGCUACAAUAUUUUGACGUGACUAGAGAUCGUAAUUGGGCUCGUGGAAUUAGAAGCUCCAAAUUUCCUGGAGUCCCUUACACUUUCUAUUCACAGAGAACAGGAUGUCGGGUUUCUCUGUAUCAAGAUGCUCAUAUCCCGGACAAUUUCGUCCCAAGAAUUCCCCUUGCUGGGGGAAAGCUUUAUGAACCUCACAGAUGCUGGGAAGAUAUUUUCGAUGCAAUUUCUAAUGCAAAGCACAUGAUUUACAUUACUGGGUGGUCUGUGUACACUGAAAUCACCUUGAUAAGGGAUUCAAGGAGGCAAAAGCCAGGAGGAGAUGUUACCAUUGGUGAGUUGCUUAAGAAGAAGGCAAGUGAAGGUGUUAGGGUUCUCAUGCUUGUUUGGGAUGACAGAACCUCAGUGGGUCUGCUGAAGAAGGAUGGUCUAAUGGCUACCCAUGAUGAAGAAACUGAACAAUUCUUUCAAGGUACAGAUGUGCAUUGUGUCCUAUGCCCUCGCAAUCCCGAUGAUGGUGGAAGCUUCGUGCAGGAUUUACAAAUUUCAACCAUGUUCACUCAUCACCAGAAAAUUGUGGUGGUGGAUAGUGACAUGCCUGGUGGUGAGCCACAGAAAAGGAGAAUCGUGAGUUUUGUCGGGGGUAUAGAUCUUUGUGAUGGAAGAUAUGAUACUCCCUUCCAUUCACUUUUCAGGACAUUGGAUACUGCUCAUCAUGAUGAUUUCCAUCAACCUAAUUUCACUGGUGCUUCAAUAACCAAAGGUGGACCUAGGGAGCCUUGGCAUGAUAUUCACUCCCGCCUUGAAGGUCCAAUUGCUUGGGAUGUUCUGUUUAAUUUUGAGCAGAGAUGGAGAAAGCAAGGUGGGAAGGACAUCCUGGUUAACUUGAGAGAGCUCGAUGAUAUCAUUAUUCCCCCAUCUCCAGUAAUGUUCCCUGAUGACCAUGAGUCAUGGCAUGUACAGCUUUUCAGAUCUAUUGAUGGUGGAGCUGCUUUUGGCUUCCCUGAGACACCCGAAGAUGCAGCGAGAGCUGGUCUUGUCAGUGGGAAAGAUAACAUUAUUGACAGAAGCAUCCAGGAUGCUUAUAUUCAUGCUAUUCGUAGAGCAAAGAAUUUUAUUUAUAUUGAAAACCAGUAUUUUCUUGGAAGCUGUUUUGGCUGGAAAGCUGAUGACAUCAAGGUUGAAGAUGUUGGUGCUUUGCAUCUCAUUCCUAAGGAACUGUCUCUGAAGAUUGCUAGUAAAAUUGAGGCUGGGGAAAGGUUCACUGUCUAUGUUGUAGUCCCAAUGUGGCCAGAAGGUAUCCCUGAGAGUGGAUCAGUUCAGGCAAUAUUAGAUUGGCAGAGGAGGACGAUGGAGAUGAUGUACAAAGAUAUUAUCAAGGCUUUGAGGGAUAAGGGCUUGGAGGAGGAUCCCAGGAACUAUUUGACAUUCUUCUGCCUGGGGAACCGGGAGGUGAAGAGGAGUGGUGAGUAUGAACCUUCUGAACAGCCAGAGCCUGAUUCAGACUACAUUAGAGCUCAGGAGGCUCGGCGCUUCAUGAUAUACGUCCAUACCAAGAUGAUGAUUGUUGAUGACGAGUACAUUAUAAUUGGAUCUGCCAACAUCAACCAAAGAUCAAUGGAUGGCUCUAGGGACUCUGAAAUAGCAAUGGGGGCCUACCAGCCCUAUCAUUUGGCAACCAGGCAGCCGGCCAGGGGUCAGAUCCAUGGUUUCCGAAUGUCACUAUGGUAUGAACACUUGGGCAUGCUGGACGAUACUUUCCUCCAUCCCGAAAGUGAGGAAUGCAUCGCAAAGGUAAAUCAGGCUGCCGAAAAAUAUUGGGAUCUCUAUGCGAGUGAGAGUGUAGAGAGAGACCUCCCAGGUCAUUUGCUCCGAUACCCCAUUGGGGUUGCUGGUGAAGGAGAUGUAACAGAGCUCCCAGGAAUGGAGUUCUUCCCGGACACCAAGGCCCGUAUUCUCGGCACUAAAUCUGACUACCUUCCUCCCAUCCUUACUACCUAAGGAUGCCAGAUCCGACUUUUUCAGUUUUAGCAAGCGGGAACCUAUUAGUUCCGGUGCAAGGGGAACAAUAAAUUUUUGUCUACUGUCCUAAUCUGCAGACGUGAUGUUUCAUUUCAGGGUUGUUUCUCGUAGUGUUUCAAGAAUUGUAGUGAUGCUGAUUGGGCUGGAAGUCAAUUUGACGUAACUGAGUGAUUGGUGUAGAAAUCGUCCUUUGUAUCACCCCUCAGACGCCGCGGUUUCUCGUUUGGAUGCAUGACCACCUUUAUUUCUCAGAAAAUGGAAACUUUUUAGUUCGUACUUUGAUUUGCA